AUGUCUAAUUUUUGGAAAGAAAUACAAAACUAUUCAGGCUGCACAGAUUUUGAAUAAUUGCAAUAUUAUCUUAAUAUAAUCUACAAAGUAUAUAGUUUUUCAAAACUUUAGUUCUAAAUUCAUUUAGAAGAUUUUUAAACUAUUCAUCCUGUUUAUUUAUCAAAAUUAUUACAUUUACACUAAUUAGCAAUCUAAUAUUAUGAACACUCUACAGAAGAAUUAAAUGAGUAUGAAAAAUAUAUAGAAAAAUCGACAUUAGAAAUUUCAGAAAAAGUUACUAUUUGAUUUAUUAAUAUAGAUUAAAAGAACAGAGAAGAAACUUUUAGAUAGUAAAGUAAUUAUAAAGACAGCUUAAAAAAAAUUAUAAUAAGAAUUGAAUUAGAAAGAUAAAUUCAUACAGAAAGUUAUAAAUACUUAAUUAUUUUAAUGUCUUUAUUGUGAUAAAGUAGUUACAACUGAGUCUUAAUUUGAUUUGCAUAUGUAAUAAUAUCAUAAAAGAGAAUUUAAUAAACAAGAAGUUGAUACUAUAAAUUAAGCUUUAUAAAAUCAAUUAUUAACACAAUAAUUAAGUAAUAAAAUUAUACAAUAAAAUUAACAAAAUUACUUGGCUUUAAAUUAUCAGUUACUUUAAUCGACAAAGGAAUAAUUAUCAAAAGAAACUACAGAUUUUAUUUAAAAUACUUUAUAAGUGACUGAAAAAAUUAAAAAUAUUGAUUAAACUUAUACAAAAUAAAUAAAAAAUUUGGAAGAAGAAGUAGAAAAUAGAUUAAAUUUGAUAUAACUUAAUACAGAAAAAGAUGAAUAAAUAAGAGAAUAAUAAGUGAAAGAGAAAAUUAAAUAAUUAGAAGAAUAAAUAAAAUAAGAGUUUGAAAAUUAGAAAUCUAUAAUGAUGAAAUAAAGAAAAUAAAUUAAUAUAAAAACAAAUACUCAUAUAUAAAAGUCUUAAGAUGGUGCAUUGACUAAUUCUUAAAUACCAAAUUCAGGUGUUUUUUAAUCAUCAUCUGGACUCCAUAGAGGAUUAACAACUAUGAAUAUUUAAAGUCUUGCUAAUAUUGAAUAAGAUGAAUUAAUUGAAGAUGAUUAAAUGCAUUAAACAAGUUUAUAGUAAUUUAAAAUUUAAAUUAAAAAAAAUACUAAUUUAGAGUCUCCUCUUUAGGGUUAAUUUGAAUAAUCUCCAUAAUUGUCAGAAUCUAUAUAAUAAAGCUAACGUUUAUUAAUCAAUCCUCCUUAAGAUAUAUAAUAAUCAAAAUAUUCAAAACAAAUUUUAAAAAAAAAUUCAGGAUCUGAGGAAGAUUAAUCAUUUAAUCAAAAAUUUAAUCAAUAUGAUCAAGAUUAAAAUAUCGAUUUUAUUGUUUAGAACCUUGAAAUUUAUAGAAAUGCAGUAGAUUAAUAAUAAAAUAUGCUUUUUGAAUUGUAAUUUAAUUAUAUUUUAAUCAAUUUAGGUUAUUAAAUCGAAGCAAAGGUUCAAGACCUACUUAUACAGAUCUAUAAAAAUAACAUUAUCGCAAAAUUUUAGAAACAAAUAUAGAAUAGGACAUCAAAGGCAUUUAAUAGAAUGAUCUAAAAAAUCUAAAAAAAAUACAUGAUGAAUUAAAUAAAUAAAUUCAAGAUAAAUAGGCAAAUGUUGAAGAUAAACUUUAAUUAUAUUCAUUUAAUGAGGAAUCUCACACUCCUGAAGAAAUUGAUUCAAGAAGAGCUACAUAAUUUUUAAAUAUUAGAUCAAGAAGAAACAGUGGCAAGCAUUAAAGAAAUCCAUCUUAGAAUUGA